AAGAUUAUUUUUCUGCAGGUGUAGAUGCUAAUGGAAGUAUGUCCUCCCCUGGACCUAUCCUGGAUGGUGUAGUAGAUGGGAAUCACUCUGGUCUGACGUCCCUGCACCGUGAUGUAGAUUCUCCACCUGUUCCUCCACAUCCUUUGCAUGGACCCCCUCCUAUUCACCCAAUGAUGUUUGCACCAGGAGGUCCCCUUCCUCCUGGUGUACCACCACCACAUGGUUUACCCCCAGGAGUUCCACCUCCUCCUGGACUACCUCAUGGUGUACCACCACCACCUCAUGGCUUGCCUCCUCCUCCUCCAUUCCUCUCUGGGGAACCUCCAUUUAUGGGACCUUUACCUCCUCUUCCUGGGGAUCGUCGCUUACCCCCUGCUGGUGGAAUAUCUUCACCUCCAUUCCGGCGUACUGGGUCUCCAGCUUACGACCACCGAAAUGAUCGUUAUUCACCUGGAAGUGACCGUUCACAUUUCUCAGAUCGCAGAUAUUCACCUCCACCCCAUCGUAAUAGGCCACCUUCACCAGAAUUACACCGCAAUCGGUCUCCUGAUAGAAGAUCUGAUAGAACAAGAUCGCCAGAUAGACGUUCAGAUCGCAUGAGAUCGCCAGAUCGUCGGUCUCAUCGACACAGCCCAGACCGUAGAUUAGAAAGACGCUCUCCUGACAGACAUUUCAUCACGAGGUCACCAGAUGGUUACAUAAGGCAUAGAUCUUCUCCUCACUAUUUUCAUCAACCAGAUUAUAACAGUGAUGACCCCAGGUUACGUCCACCUCAUAUUAAAGAACUAGGAAACAGAAAUUUUAAAAAUCUACAAAACUUCUGGCAAAGUAUAGAGCAAGGACAACUAAUUGCCAUGCUUUCAGACAAUGACCACUCUGCUAUAAAAAUGAAAGAAGACUUCUACUCCCCUGGGUUCAUCAGAUCGAUGAGAGAAUGAAUGUUAGCAGCAUUAUAACAAUCGAAUGCAUUGUGAAUGUUGGUUCUAUUAGAUGCACAUCUUUGGGUUUGUCAUGGUUCUUCAUCAUCUUUCAUUCUUUAAAUGCUUUAAGUUAAGGUUAUGAGAAUUGUGCUUCCUCUGGCUGCUCCAUGAAUAUUUAGCUGUUGGUCAGGGACCACUGUUUAAAAAGGUAAAUAUAUUGCAUAUGCAAUGUGAAACCAUUUUGAACAUCUUAAGUGAUAAAAUUUGAAAAUUUAAAUUAGUGACAAACUCAACAGUUACUGAGAUGACUUAGUUAAAAUGCUAUUCAAAGGUAAUAUCUUCUAUGUGCAUUUUAACAUUUUACUGUAAUGAAAUUAUUAGAGAUUACAGUGACAACCAGCUAUAUACGUACAAUAGUGUACUGCUGUAUAAUUUUAUACUGUAUGAGCAAAAUUUUGUGCUACUCAGACUUAGAAUGGGGUAUAAUGUUUUAGGAUUCUCAAAUUAUAAAUUACAGUAUUAUAUAUUCAUAAACUUUUAACAGGUAGGAAAAUAAAAGGUGUAUGCAGGGGAAGACAAGUGCAAAGGGAAAAGUUAAAGUUGGUACAAAAAGUCAGUUUGAUUUGUGAAAUGAGAGAAAAAUCAACAUAAAUGGCAAGACUGUUGGAGAGGCUCUCAUUGUAGAAAUGGGGAUUAAAAUUUUCUUAAAUUUUCAAUGUAUACAAAAUGCUUAAAAACCUGACAUUAGGUAUUUUAAUUCAAAAUAUGGAUUGAACAAACCUAUAUUUUUUUUAAUAUUGUUUGUUCUUCAAAUAUAAGGCCUUUUUUUGUGUGUACUAGCAGUUCAUUAUUUUCAUCUUUGAACAGUUUUGUGUGGAACAAAUAAUGUAACCCAGAGAUUGACUACAAUGGAUAUAGUAAUAGUAGUAAUAACCCUGUUUUGUUCAUUUUCACAAAUACUGUUGAGUAUAUACUAUACUUUUUCUCUCAUUUUCAUAAAGAUAAUCUGUAAAGUGAAGUGGACCUCAGUUUUUAAGCAUCUCUUUGUGGAAGAUAUUGUAAAUAAUUUGAUUAAAAUUUUAAUUUAACAAUUAGUUAAUUGUCCAUAUCUUUGGCAUGAUCCUGUUUGAGUGCGUGAAGGAAUAUAAUGAAACUGUACAUUUGUAAUUUUAUUUUGCAUACGAGAAGUGAAUAUUUUGUACUUGACCCAAACUUGAGGUUACUUGGUGACGAGUCAGGUGCAGUAGUGAGCAGGUGCUGUCUCUAGGUAUAAUUGUCUUGUUACAUCAAUAUAUGUUGAUUAUGAUUUAAUAAACUUGUACUAAAUAUA